AAUCGACGGCUUUGAAGUUUGAACAUGGAAAGUGUAAAAAAAAAACCAUCUUUUCAACCACCACCCUCCCCCACACACAUUUUCUCUCUCUUACCCCCCUCUCUCUCCUCGACCUUCCAGUCUUCCGAAGUUCAGCCAUGGAAACCUCUACUUCCGGCGGCGGUGGAGGAGGUCCGGCGCCAUUUCUGUUGAAGACUUACGAUAUGGUGGACGACUCAUCGACGGACAAUAUCGUAUCUUGGAGCUCUUCAAACGCCAGCUUCAUCGUCUGGAAUCCUCCCGAAUUUGCUAGGCUUUUGCUUCCUACUUUCUUCAAGCACAACAACUUCUCCAGCUUCAUUCGUCAGCUUAAUACCUAUGGGUUUCGGAAGAUUGACCCAGAAAGAUGGGAAUUUGCAAACGAGGAAUUUAUUAAAGAUAAGAAGCAUCUCCUGAAGAAUAUUCACCGCAGGAAGCCUAUCCAUAGCCACAGUCAUCCUCCACCAGAUCCAGAGAGAGCAGCAUUUGAGGAAGAGAUAGAAAAGCUCAGCCGUGAGAAAAACGAGCUUGAUACAAAAGUUUCAGGUUUCAAUAUGCACCAUUGUGCAGCAAAGUCACAGCUUGAAGACGUUACACUGCGUAUAUGUGAUAUGGAGAAAAGGCAAGAGAAAUUACUUACCUACUUGCAGAAAGCAGUUCAAAAUGUUGCUUUUGUUGAACAUCUUUCUCAAAAAAUAGAAGUUAUGGACCUCACAGCGUAUAACAAGAAGAGGCGAUUGCCUCGAUCUGAUUUCUUCCUUCCAGCAGUGGAGAAUAAUUUAGGGGACAACCAAAGCUAUUGCAGACCAGAGUUUGCAAGCAUUUAUCAGCAAGAUUUGGCCAAUAAACUUAAACUGGAGUUGUCAACCGCUGUUUCCAACAUGAAUUUGAUCUCAAAUAGCACAAAUAGCUCAAAUGAAGACUGGGCUAGUCCAACAAGGAGAUCAUCUGGGACAGACCCAAAAGAUGCAGAAUUGGGUAUAUGUACCUUGCCAUUUGCUACGGAAACAUUAGAUCUGUCAGAAGCAAGAGCAUGCUUAGGAUUUAAGAUGGAUGCUUCAUUGUCUGACAAAGUUGUAAAAGAUUGUCCCGGAUUAUUACCAUCUUUGCAGCAAAACUUGGUGUCAGCAGAAGAAUGUGAAGGGCAGAUAUGUUGCCAGUUGAAUCUUUCAUUGGCAUCUUCCCCUGUACAACCACCCAAUCAAAAUGCCUAUUCAAAUAGAGCAAUCCAUAUGGACGUGGUCGCUAGUGGAUCUCAAGGGACGACAAAACCUGAUGCCAAUGGUAGUAAUAGAGAUGGACUCGGAGCGAGUUCAAAGAACAAUCAUCCGAUUAGUAAAGUUGGAAAUUCGUCAUCAUCACCAGAGACUCGGAGUAAUAACAAGGAUCAUACUCCAGCUGCUGCUCCUGCGCGAGUAAAUGAUGUUUUUUGGGAGCAGUUUUUGACUGAAAGGCCAGGAGCCUCAGAUACAGAAGAGGCUUCUUCGUGUUAUAGGGCUCUACCUGGCGAAGAGCAAGAAGACAGAGGGUCAAGUCAUGGAAUGUCCAGAAAUGCAAAGAACUUGGGUAAGCUCACUCUUUGAGCUGCAAUUUACCUGUAUAUUAUGAAUAGGAUUUGUACAUAGGAUUUAACAAGUUUUCCGAGGCUGUUUGAUUAACAAGACAUUUCUAUAUUGUACUAUUUUGUUGAUGAUAAUCUAAUAUUAUGCUGAAA